CCACCAUCCCCCUCCCAACCCCUUCUAACCCUUUCCCCCCACCGCAGCCCCCUGGAGCGCCUGGCCUUGGACCAAAUCCUUGGUUUCAUCCUCAACGUCCCGUCCCACAUCUCCCUGGGUUUCGUUUCCCUCCCGUUCCGCCGCCAGCACUGGUUGGCAGUCAGGCAGCUGGGGGGCGUUUAUUACAACCUCGACUCCAAACUGCGCUCCCCGGCGCCCAUCGGAGGCGAGGAGGAGCUCAGGGUUUUCCUGAGGGAUUUCCUCUCCCAAGGCCUCUGUGAAGUCUUCCUCGUCGUCCCCCGUGCCGUGGAGGAGGCGGGAGGGUGGCUGGGCCCCGAGUGACACCCCACGACGACGGUGACAACAACCUCGUGGCACUUCGUGGCUGAAACUGUCCCCCUUUUUCUUUGGGAGCGUUGCUGUGAACCUGGAUGGGUUUCGGGGCGCCCUUCUCACCCCCUCCAUCCGCUGGCUGUCGUGGGGGCUUCGGUUUCCUGAUUUCACCCCAAUUCUGUGCUUCCCCGUGGCACCGACUGUGUGACAACGGUGGUGCUUUGGUUGUGUGGCUCCCGGCACCCCACUGCUCUGCGUGUCACCUCCCUGCUGCCUCCCUGUGUCACAGCUUGGCGCCCUGUGGCACCCGCGCGUGGGGUUGUGUUCUGCCCUUCUGGUGGUGGAUGGCACCCCAUGGAGGAGGAUGUCACCCCAUGGAGGAUGGCACCCCAUGGAGGAGGAUGUCACCUGGUGGUGGAUGUCACCCCAUGGAGGAGGAUGUCACCCCAUGGAGGAUGUCACCUGGUGGUGGAUGUCACCCUGUGGAGGUGGAUGUCACUUUGAGGAGGAUGUCACCCCAUGGAGGAGGAUGUCACCUGGUGGUGGAUGUCACCCCAGGGAGGAGGAUGUCACCUGGUGGUGGAUGUCACCCCAUGGAGGAGGAUGUCACCCCAUGGAGGAGGAUGUCACCUGGUGGUGGAUGUCACCCCAUGGAGGAUGUCACCCCAUGGAGGAGGAUGUCACCUGGUGGUGGAUGUCACCCCAUGGAGGAUGUCACUCCAUGGAGGAGGAUGUCACCCCAUGGAGGAGGAUGUCACUUUGAGGAGGCAGAUGUCACCCCAUGGAGGUGGAUGUCACCCCAUGGAGGAUGUCACCUGGAGGAGGAUGUCACCCUAUGGAAGAUGUCACCUGGUGGCAGAUGUCACCCCAUUGAGGAUGUCAGUCACCAUCUCGAUGUCACCUGGAGGCAGAUGUCACCCCAUCGGAUGUCACCUGCUGUGACCUCAGGGCACGCGUGGCCUUUGCUUUGUACCCGUCUGGGAUUAAUUACCCUUUGGAAAAGUGAUUAAAAACACCAAUUUACA